AUGACCGAAAUAGCACAAACGGACUCCCCAGCCAGAGGCUCGCAUAGAGGAAGAGGGAGUCGGCCGGGUCGGUAUAGAAGGGGCCGUCGUCAAGGACCACGGCCAUCUGUCCAGUCACAUGGCAACGAAGGGGACCAACCCUCAGAACCAGAGCUACCCAGGGACGUUGCUCAGCCAGCCGCUACUACUAGUGAGCCCCAGAAUGAGGAUUCUACUCGUGGCGGCCGCCCCGGGAGGGGCCGAGGCGGGAGGGGAAGGUCGGGCGGUCGAGGGCGUGGUGGGACUGCUCAACGUUCUGUCGUGGUUUCACAUCGCGGCGGACGGGGACCGCCACAGGCGCCGGGGCGUGGUGGCAUUCAUACAUCCGGGCAAUCUUUAAGUGCGGCUGCCGACGAAUUUGUCCCGGGUCAACCUGUCUCGUUUCCAAGGUCGGUUAUCCCGCCCCCAGCACCGGUGGCUUUGCCAAAGUCUACGGCUGCAGAUCUUCCUACCCGGAUUCAUGAGGAUAUCGAUCGUCGCCAGUACGAAUGUGUAAUAUGCACCAACGAGGUCCUACGCAACUCCAAGGUGUGGUCUUGUCCUGUUUGCUGGACGGUUACCCAUCUUCAUUGUGUGAAGAAGUGGCACACAAACCAAAUGAAGGAGAAGGAGGAGAACCAGAGGCCGAAUCAACCUGAGGGCUGGAGAUGCCCAGGUUGCAACUCUAGCCUGGUCGAGCAACCAGGCCCUCACCGCUGCUGGUGCGGCAAAGAUACUGACCCCAAACCCAUAGCUGGUCUCCCCCCUCAUACCUGUGGGCAGUCAUGUUCGAAAACGAAGGCGACGUGCCCACAUCAGUGCUCGCUGAUGUGCCAUGCGGGUCCCUGCCCGCCCUGCACGCUGAUGGGCCCGGCCCAACCUUGCUUCUGCGGCAAGCAUACUUCGACAAAGCGGUGCGCCGAGACCGAUUACGGAAAAGGAUGGAGCUGCCAGGAGCUUUGCGGCGACUUACUACCCUGCGGGGAACAUUCUUGCGACCAGCCUUGUCACGCUGGGCUCUGCGGCUCUUGCGAGAUACCUAUGCUCUCGAGUUGUUACUGUGGAAAGGAAAAGGGAGAGAUAGCCUGCAACAAGCGUGACGACAUUCUAGAGUCAUUUAACCACAGGCAGCUCAAGCCGUCUCUGGCACCUGACGACGACGAAGUUCUGGAAGCGGACGAUCAGUGGUUCGAGGGCUCAUUUCGGUGCGACAAUAUCUGUGGACGGCCAUUCGACUGCGGAACCCACACCUGUCAAAAGCCCUGCCACGCGCAGGAUGAAGAGGCAGCACACUGUCCUCUCUCCCCUGAUGUGGUCACCCAUUGCCCAUGCGGCAAAACCUUGCUCACAUCCAUGUCCGCGGCAUCGAGGAAGUCAUGCGAGGACCCCAUCCCACACUGCGACAAGCCUUGCAAUAAGGUUCUGGCUUGUGGGCAUCUGUGUCUGGACGAAUGCCACACCGGUCCUUGCGCCCCCUGUCCCCAGUAUGCCGAUAUACCAUGUCGAUGUGGUAGAACGACAAACAGGUCCGCUUGCCACCAAGGAAACAUCGCUCACCCUCACUGCUUCCGAGUCUGCAAGGCACAGCUUAACUGCGGACGUCAUGAGUGCGGGGAGCGUUGUUGCUCUGGCGAAAAGGUGGCCGCCGAGCGGCGAAAGCACAAGCGGAACGUCAACGUGAAAUACGAGCCCGAACACAUAUGCCUGCAAGUGUGCGGCCGCCAGCUCAAGUGCGGUAACCACGCUUGUCAGCAGCUAUGUCACAAGGGACCAUGUGCUUCAUGUCCCGAAGCUAUCUUUGACGAAAUCAACUGUGCCUGCGGUAGGACGGUUCUUCAACCACCUCAACCUUGUGGGACUCGGCCACCCGAAUGCCGGUUUCCUUGCCGAAGGGCUAGCCCGUGUGGCCACCCGUCUAUUGAGCACCAAUGCCACCCGGAGGACACGCCGUGCCCAAAGUGCCCUUACCUGAUGGAGAAACCCUGCGUGUGUGGGAAGAAGACACUGAAGAAUCAGCCUUGCUGGUUUGGGGGGGCCCAGUGUGGCUUGCCAUGUGGGGAGGCCCUCAAGUGUGGGAAUCACAAGUGCAGAAAGGCAUGCCAUAAACCAGGAGAGUGUGAGGAUGCAGGCAUUCCCGGUACGCACUGCUCCCAACUCUGCGGCAAGGCUAGGAAGUCGUGCGGGCAUCCCUGUGCCGAAGAAUGCCACGCCCCUGAUUCUUGCAGGGAGACCAAGCCGUGUCAGUUUAAAACGUUCAUCACCUGUCCUUGCCAGCGCCGAAAGCAGGAAGUUCGGUGUCAGGCCACCAUUCUCAACCCAUCGGUGGCUCGGGAGUCGGCGCUCAGGUGUGACGAUGAAUGCGAUCGACUUCAACGGAACCGAAAGCUCGCCGAGGCGUUGCACAUCGAUCCUAACACCCAUACCGACGACCAUAUUCCGUACUCGGACACCACGCUUAAGAAGUUCCGGGAAAAUGUCAACUGGGCACAGGAACAAGAGCGGGAGCUUCGUGUUUUUGCUAACGCCCCUGAGGUGAAGCGCAUUCGAUUCAAACCGAUGCCGUCUCACCGACGCGCAUUCCUCCAUGCCCUUGCCGAGGACUUUGGCCUCGACUCGGAGAGUCAGGACCCAGAACCGCACCGGCAUGUGUGCAUUUUCAAGACUCCCCGGUUUGUGUCCGCCCCGCAUAAGACGUUAGCCCAGUGUCUGCGCAUCGCGAACACCGCCGCUAGGCUCGGAGCGGUCGCGUCGUCCCUCAAGCCCGCACCGCCUCCUGCUUCUCAGCAACAGACGGAGUUCUUCAACGCCCUCUUGCUCAAGGACCUUCGCUUCGCUCUCACGCUUGAUGAACUCAACGAUGCCAUUGCCACAGAGCUGGCGUCUGCUUCCCGCUCUGGGCCCGCUCUCAGCUUCUCCACAACUUUCCUCCCAUCCGAAGAGAUCCUUAUCAAAGCCACACCGAACAUGACGGCCGCCGCCAUCGCAACGUCUCUCACGCCUACGCCGCAGGCUGUUGAAAAGACCCUAUCUAGUCUCAAGAGCUCGGUAUCCAAGAUAACUUCGCGAGAAGGGCUCGCUGGCGGAGUAGUGCUCUGCCACGCCGACGCUGCGGGGCAAAUCACCCGACGGGAGGGCGAUACGUCGGCCAAGAAUGGCGGGUGGAAUGCCGUGGCUGGCCGCGGGUCAUGGCGCAAACUAGGUGGGAAGAUAUCUAUAACUGAGGCUAAGGCUGUGGCCAGCGAGCAGCGACCGCGGAGCACAUUCGUAGCGCUGAGGAAAUCGGAGCCGAAGGCCAAGCCAGUUGUUCUUGACGACAAAGUUGUAGGGGAUUGGGCCGCUGCUGUUGAGGAGGAGGAGGAGGAGGGAGGAGAUGGUGUAGAGACUGACGGAGAAGACGGCGUGGAGAAAGCGAAAGAUGACCACGAUGCCAGUGAUGACGCCAAUGUUGAUAGGGAUCAGGGACAGGAAGUCGUGGUUGAGGGUCUUGAUAACGGCCUCAUCAAGGAGGACGGCGCGGAUUUGGUUGGAAUCGAGCAAGCCGAAAGCAAGCAAGAGGAAGAGGCACCAGCGCUGCUUGAGGCUGCUUCUCCUCAAGAUGUAGUGGCCGUUUAG